AUGGCCGACAAGAGUGAACCAUUGAUCGAGCGCGUCGAAAAACUCGGAGAUGGUGGCUUUGGCGUCGUUUAUAUAGGAACGGAUGCCUGGCUAGCACCAGAACUUUGUCUUGAUCGACCCGAGAGAAGUUCAUUUCCAUCUGAUGUGUGGGCCUUUGGUUGCAUCUUACUUGAAGUCAUUUCUAAGAAAACUCCAUGGAAAGAUCAAUACCAAAACGACAGAGUUCUCCUGAAUGCAUUGGCCAAGCCGGAGAAUGCAAUUAUCUUUGAAAACAUCUGCCCUACCCAGAGGGCUCCAAAGAAACUGCGCACAAUUCUGUGUCGCUGCUGUGCCUGGCAGAAGGCUGUCCGACCCAAAUUUUCUACCAUAACUAGUGAUCUCUCUUCUAUAUCCGAAGCGGAUCUUCUGAACAUCAAUUGCGGACAAGAGAAAUCGUUGCUAUCGGGGUCGUCAAAUCUACAGCCCUCGACUGUUAUUACUGGACGCCCGACCAUCACUUCGUCGUCAUCAGCACCGAAAGCUUAUACCAAUGAUCUUGAUAAUGUUGAAAAGUCAUUAGCACAAAUCAAAUUAAAAAGUUUAAAGGCACAACGCUUGAGUUCAGCAAGUCGUCAAACGGGUGAAACGGAAGGCCGUUCUGCCAAUGAAGACCGGAUUAACAAAUUAUAUUCAUAUCAUACAUCAAUUAAAUUAAUUGAACGUCUACAUAUAAUAACAUUAUUAAAAAAACAUCGUGUUUAUGAAUUAGGGCAAUUAAGUAACUUUAUAUUUAAUAAAUUAAAUUCCAAAUUAAAACUACGUGAUAAUUCAUCACCAACACCAAUAAAUAAUGACGAUGAUGACAGCACUGAUUCAAGAUCUAAUGAUUCUGAAUUAAAUGAUGACGAUGAUAAUGAUGUUGACAAUGAUAGCAAUAGUGAUGAAGAUAACAGUUAUAUAUCGGAUGAUGAUGAUGGUGAAAAUAUCCAAUCUUUUAAUAAAUUUUAUAAAAACUUAAGAAAUUUUGCAGUUGUCAAUUUUGGUGCUUUCCGUGGCUAUUGA